GUUCACAUUUUGAACGGUACUGACAACGUUUGUUCGUUCGUUCGUUCUGGCGGAGGCAGAGGUUCCAUCCGUCCAUUGACAGAAAUUAGAUAAUACUGUAAUUGCAGGAAGCUACACAACAACAACAAAAAAUACAGAACAUGCAGAGAGCCCCAAACGCACUAAACUGCCGGUUGUCAUAGUUAUUUUUUAAAUUUUAAUUUACAUUAAUGCUCUCAAGACACUGUGUGUUAUCAAUGAUAAAUUGAAGUGUUCGCGUGUUGCGCCCACAGAUAGAACAUAUAGGUGGAUAGCAAUUGUCAUCGGAGUGUGUUUCUUAAGUAACUGAUAAGAACGAAAUUAGACCAGUGUUUCAAAAUAUUUGCACAUCACAUUCUGCCCGGUGGAACGUGUAAUUUUAGUGAGGAAACUUGUUGGCAAACAACAACCCAGCAGUAAAAUUGUAGACAUCUACGCACAACCGUAUCAUCGAGAUAAGCCGUCAAUCAAAUCUCACUCAGGAUGGGCACAUCGUACAAAAUUGGCAUGGAGGAACUCUCGGCCAAAUCGGCUAACAUCUGGAAGGCCAUGUUGGCGGAGUUCAUUGGCAUCCUCAUACUUAACUUCUUUGGUUGCGCGGCGUGUACACAUGCAGCAGGUGACAAAACGCUAAUUUCGCUCGCAUUCGGUCUCAGCGUGUUUAUGGUUGUGAUGUCUUUAGGUCACAUCAGUGGCGGCCAUAUCAAUCCUGCAGUGACUGCAGGACUACUCGCUGCAGGGAAAGUUAGCAUCGUUCGCGCUGUUCUAUACGUAAUUGCGCAAUGCGCUGGAGCUGUUGCGGGAACUGCUGCUCUCAAGGCACUCUUACCGGAGGCCUAUCAAAAUGGCCUUGGGCAAACGGGUCUGAAGGAGAACGUUCAGGAUAUGCAAGGACUGGGCAUUGAAUUUUUCUUGGGAUUCAUUUUGGUGCUUUGCGUUUUCGGAGUUUGUGAUGAAAACAAACCAGAUUCCCGCUUCGUUGCCCCUUUGGCUAUCGGCUUGACCGUCACGCUUGGUCAUCUUGGUGCGGUCGAAUAUACCGGCUCUAGCAUGAACCCAGCGCGAUCUUUCGGUACUGCAUUGAUCAGUGAAAACUGGAACGGUCACUGGAUCUACUGGGCUGGACCCAUUCUGGGAGGCGUAUGCGCUGCUCUGCUCUACAGUCAAGUUUUCAAAGCUCCAAGGUCAGAAGAACUGUCGGCACCUGAGCGCUAUCGUGUGGUAGCCGAUGAAAAAGAGGUUCAUGAUAUCAAUCUUAAGCUGAAAUACAUAGAUGAAGACAUGUAACAGGUAUUUUCAAUGCCAAUUAGAGACCAAUGGUUGAUUGAUAUACAUGAUGAAACGCCUGGAUGGAAAACGUGAUAUGGCGUGAUAGAACAGCUACGCGGAUACGAACAAUGUUUAGCUGUACACUCAUCGAAUAAAUAUAUAAAGACAACAACUGAAUAGAUAUAUCAAUAAUUGUUUAAGAACUUAUUGUACAUGUUAUUGCCAUUUACAUACGUGUGUUUUGUUAUGAAAACCAUCAUGAAUAAAUUGUUUCUGCUUCU